CCAGCUCUCCGCUUAAAUGCAAACCCAGAUUGGCAUCUAUAACCCUCAAUCCCACUCCUCUCCCUCUCUCUCUGUUGAAAAUGGCGACGUUCUUCAAAAGACUAGUAAAAGCUGCACCGAUCGCACUAGCUCACGCGCCUGGGAGCCGAUCCAAGUCGAGUUUCAACAGCUUUCGAGUACCAUUUGGAGCUGUUGCUGCCAUUUCCGGUGGAAUCUCCUCCUUAUACUAUUUCUCCUCGCCGGAUUUGGUUUAUCUAGAUAAAACCAGUGAAGAAACAAGCCCAAAAGUUGCGCUUGAUCCAGAUAAGUGGCUUGAAUUUAAGCUGCAAGACAGAGCACAAGUCAGCCCUAAUUCUCACUUAUUCAGGUUUUCAUUUGAUCCAACUGCCAGGUUUGGUCUUCAUAUAGCAUCAUGUAUCAUUACAAGGGCACCAUUAGGGCAAGAUGCUGAAGGAAAAAUGCAAUAUGUCAUACGCCCGUACACUCCUAUAUCUGAUCCUGAUUCUAAAGGAUACUUUGAUUUAAUAAUUAAGGUGUACCCAGAAGGGAAAAUGACACAGCAUCUUGCAAAAUUAAAACCGGGAGAUGUAUUAGAAGUGAAAGGGCCCAUUGAGAAGCUCAAAUAUACUCCCAAUAUGAAGAAACACAUCGGCAUGAUUGCAGGCGGUACUGGCAUUGCUCCAAUGCUUCAGAUAAUUGAGGCUGUUCUGAAAAAUUCUGAGGACAACACACAGCUCUCUUUGCUUUAUGCAAAUAUUUCUCCAGAUGACAUAUUGCUCAAACAGAAGCUUGACAUGCUUGAAGCUAGCCACCCAAAUUUAAAGAUAUUCUACACAGUUGAUAGCCCAUCAAAAGAUUGGAAAGGAGGUUCAGGUUACAUAUCGAAGGAUAUGAUUGUGAAAGGUUUACCUGGUCCUAGUGAUGAUACUCUUAUCCUCGUAUGCGGUCCCCCUGGAAUGAUGAAUCAUAUUUCCGGUGAUAAGGCUAAAGAUCGCUCACAAGGCGAGCUCUCUGGCCUACUCAAGGAAGCUGGAUACACAGAACAAAUGGUCUACAAAUUUUGAUUUGAAUCAGAGCAAAUCAGAAUCCAUGCGACACGAUUACUCAAUUUUUUGGAAUAAACUGAAUUUUGAUGAAAUACAUUAUGCUGCUAGACUACAGAAACCAAGAAAUUGACUGCCGCAAGAACCAUUUCCAAAGAAAAAUAACACAUUUUGGGGAAGUCCCUUAAAUGCCAAUGUAUGAUUAUGAAGAACUUCCUCCUUUAGUGGACUCUCUGGUUUUGUGGCUUAUUUGGCACUGUUUUGUGAACUUAGAAAGUGUAAUCUGAGAGUUAUCAUAUUAUAGAUUUGUUUCCUAAA